GGAUUCGAACCGAGCGGCGGGGAAGCGGCGGCCAUGGCGGCGCAGCAGCAGCUCGGCCGGGAGCACCAGGGCAUCACCUUGCGCGGCAGCGCCGAGCUCGUCGCCGAGUUCUUCUCCUAUGGAAUCAACAGCAUCCUGUACCAGCGGGGCAUCUACCCCCCCGAGACCUUCACCCGCGUGCAGAAGUACGGGCUCACCCUGCUGGUCACCACGGACCCCGAGCUGGCCAACUACCUCAACAACGUGACCGAGCAGAUGAAAGAGUGGCUGUACAAGUGCAUCGUGCAGCGCCUGGUGGUGGUGAUCUCCAGCAUCGAGAGCAGCGAGGUCUUGGAGCGGUGGCAGUUUGACAUCGAGUGUGACAAAACUGCAAAGGAUGACAAUGGACCACGGGAGAAAUCUCAGAAGGCAAUUCAGGAUGAAAUUCGCUCUGUCAUCAGACAAAUAACUGCCACAGUAACCUUCCUGCCACUCUUGGAAUCUGCCUGUGCCUUUGACUUGCUGAUCUACACUGAUAAAGAUUUGGCAGUGCCAGCAAAGUGGGAAGAGUCAGGCCCACAGUUCAUAGCCAAUUCAGAGGAGGUUCGGCUGCGUUCCUUCACCACUACAAUCCACAAAGUCAACACCACAGUGGCUUACAAGAAGGAUUCUGUUCCAUAAGAUGCAGGGGCAAGCUUUGUCCUGUCACCUUGUAUAGUUUCUGUUCAUCAUGCAGCUAAGCUAUGAGCACAUCAUUACUGUCCUCUUGAUGAAGCAUGACACAAAGACAACAUGCCUGUCUGUGAAAAUGUGACACUAGACUAAGCUGGCAUCAUUUCCAAAGAAAUUUUAAAAAGGUCAUAGUUCAAUUCUUACUUUACUGUAUGAGCUAAUGGUGUUAAACCACUGCCUCUGCUAGAAAAACUGCCUAAAUCUGGGAUUAGCUGCUAGAAUUGUGUUCAGAUCCUGUAACUUUGUAUUUUAAAAUUAUUUUUAAACUACAGUCUGUUAGCAGUUUUAAAUUCUCUGUAGCAACUAAAAUAAUCUCACUCCUAGAGUGCCAGUUUUCAUGUUAGAAGCCUGGGCUGUUUUAUUACCAGGAAUAACCUAAGAACAAAUCAUCCAAACAAUUCUUGUACUGCUCUACAAAGGAAGCAGCUGUUUAUCAGGAAAACUUUAAAUACAUGAAACUUUGUAUUUUAAUGACCACUGGGCUCUAGUUCUGGGGACAAAGUUGUUCUGUGUACGUCUGUUGUGUCUGUCCAGCAUUUUCUAUGUUUCUAUUCUUGUUUUACAGAAUAAAGCUUUAGUUUUAUAGUGUUCUCUAA